GUUCUGCUGUCCUACUAUCGUCACUACCAUUCCUAGGGUCAUUGCUGUUCGCUGUGAGUGCCGCGUCACACACCCCGAUACUCACACCCAUGUACAUACUGAUGGUGACGGGGCGGAUCCUGUUAGCGUUUGGUGAAACGCCUCUCUGUUUCGUACAAGGCCGAGUUGUCGCUCACUGGUUCUCGGACGAGUCUCUCUUGCCUCUGUCCUUCAUAAUACUUAGUCAACGUGGAGGCUCGAUGCUCACCUUUUUUCUCACGGCGACUAUCGCUAAUGAUAUUGGAUUCGGAGUGGCCAUAUGGACCGGGACGUUCCUUUGUGGACUUGGUGUUUUAUCAGCCUGUUGCCUUGCCAUAGUUCUCAGGAAAGGUCAGAUGGACCAGGCAACAAAGGACACGGAUAUCAGUCAGACUACGCUUGCCGAUAUAAAGGCCGUCCCCAGAAAGUUUUGGAUACAUGUAUGCAUGGUAGCUUUGUUAUAUGGCCAGAUAAUCAGCUUUCAUGCGAACUUACCAGAGUAUUUGGUGAUAGAAUACGGAUUCUCUGCGACUUCUUCUUCAUACAUCACUGGCUCGGCUGUAUUACCCUUCAUCGUGGGUCCUCUCAUAGCUCUCGCUUUGAAUAAGAUCGACUGUAUCGGCGUAUUGAUGACCUGUGCAGCAGCGACCAUGAUACCUGUUUUUUCUUUGUUAGGGUUUAGUCCAUCCGUUCAUCCACUCAUUCUCACCAUAACGUUGGGAAUUGCUAAUAUUGUUACUGAACUCGGUAUGUGGCAAGUAGCGGUAUUAUUGUUGCCUCGUGCGCGCUUUGGAACUGUAACCGGCAUAAUGUACCUCGUACGGAACACUGUUAUAGGACUUUCACUGCUAUUAGACGGGUAUUUACUACAGAAACAAGAUAAACAGGGAAUCAGCCGUCCACUGAGAGGGUACCGUGAUUUCUUCCUGGCACUUGUUAUCAUGACGUCAUUGUCUGUCCUCUGUGGUAUACUGCUGAAUGUGGUGGAUAUUACGGACACAUGUGCAAUAAACCAGCGUAUAGGGAGAUGGAAAAGCAGUACUGACGAAAAUAUCAGGUUAUUACAUACGGGCACCAGUACGGACAUAUCGGAUAAGAACUCUCCUGUUGUUGGUAGUACGGACACAGACGAUGCACAAUCUGAACGGUCGACAGAACAAAGAGAAUAAACAAAAAAUCUCCAAGCUUUGAUAUCGGUGCAAUUCUAAGUUUUACGAUGAAAAUAGCCUUGUAGUUAAGUUAUUUUGACGGCGCAAUAUGUUCCAAGACAUUGGUUUUAUUCCCGGUCUGUCAUUUAAAAUGAUACUAUAACAUGGUAUUGGUGACAAUUAUGAUGCUUAAUACUUGUUUGCCUGGUUUCGAAUUGUAACUUCCUAAUGCACGAACAGGUAAUCAGAACUUUUAUAAAAAGAUCUUUUUCAGUGUUUACAUAAUUCUGAAGGUUAUCGUAUCCAGCAACUAAGUGAACAAACUUCGUGUAACACUUUCCGAUACACAGUACCGAUUUCAGGAAAGAUAUGUGCUGGAGCACUUGUUCGAGUUAGAAAUAAAUUAAAAAAAAAAA